AUGGUUCGCGUCACUAUCCGUAUCCUCGCCCUCCUCCUCGCCCUUGUUGCACCUGGGAGGGUUGCGCGGGCGGCGCCGGUCCCAACUUCCGCCAGCUCGAUGACUGCGACUAGUCAGACGGCAUCGUCGACUUCUAGUGUGCCCACCGUGAUGCCGACGCAGAGCAUGAAACUCCCCCCUCAAGCGCGAGCGUACGCAGCUUCGCUUGGUAUAUACCCCGAUGCGUUUGCCGCGUUGGCGAUGUCCGCGAGUGCUGCGGUCGAGCUGGAUCGUCGUGAACCUCACCACCACCACGAUGACCACCAUCGCGAGAAGAUCGUCGUCAACGGCGACCACGACCGCGUCGAGGCUCGGGAUCCUCAUCAUCAUCACGAUGACCACCAUCGGGAGAAGAUCAUCGUCAACGGUGAUCACGACCGAGUGGAGGCACGCGAGCCGCACCAUCACCACGACCACCACAAGGAGAAGAUUGUGGUGAACGGCGACCACGACCGUGUCGAGGCCCGAGACCCUCACCAUCACCACGAUCAUCAUCGCGAGAAGGUCAUUGUUAACGGCGACCACGACCACGUCGACGCCCGUCGCAGCAACGACGAGUCUAAGGGCGUGCCCGGUUCGUGUCCGUGA